AUGAUCGACUUUAGAGCGCCUGGCUUCCUCUUGGGGCUGGUCCUCCUUGUUUGCUUGGUUCAGCCGGCAGCAGCUUUCGGCGCCGGUAACAUUGCAUCCAUCUCCAAGGUCGAGGGCCAGAACUGGCGACACGGUGACAUCGAAGAUGCGCUGCUCACCCUGGCCAUGGCUCAUGCCAUCAAGGGCGGCCAGAAAUUCAACAAGCGAACCGUCUCCCGAGUUUACUUUGGCAACUGGCUGCGUGACUACUCCCAGGCCAUCGAUGUUGGCACCGUCAAGAUGGUGUCUGCUGAGGCUAUCCGACUGCUGCUUUGCGUUCUUGGCUUCAUGUCCUUUGGCUACGGCUCUGGAGAGUUCGAGGUCACGGCCGAACGUCUCGGGUGCUACCGUCCCGAAGACCACAUCGACAACCCCAAGGGCUACGCAGAGGGUGAAGAUGCUCGCGACUAUGAUCCUCGCCUGAGAGGUCCCAUUGAAUCAGUCGAGCUUGAAAUUGACGAGGAAACCGGCAUGAAAAACUAUAUUGCCAACGAGGAAGUCGGCAUCAUGACUUCUGCCAGGCAUGUGCGCCUUCUAUUCGGUCGCUGUAUUGAGCUGGCUCGCGAAUACAAGCACUCGGGAAGCAAGCCAGAGCUCUAUGAAGCGCUUCGAUUGAUGGGAACCGGUCUUCAUUGUCUAGAAGAUUUCUUCGCUCAUAGCAACUACAUUGAGCUUGCGCUUAUUGAAAUGGGCGAGCGCGAAGUCUUUCCCCAUGUUGGCAGCAACACUCGGAUUCAACUGGAGGGUGCUCGCGAUUUGGUCUAUCCUAUCGUAACUGGUACCUUCGGAGGCGUGGAUUUCCUCCACUCUGUCACUGGAGAAGUAUCCGAUAAGUUGACUCAAAACGAGAUCGACGAGCUUGAGGGAGCACUUAACGAAGGCAAGAACGGAGAUACGAGCCUUCUUCAAACUCUCCUCAGCAAACUCCCCCCCGGUAUCCUUCCUGGAAGCAACCAGGGAGACAAGCUCGACGAGAUCCAGUCGAAUGCGGCUGCCGCCCAAGAAGAACACCAGCCAGUCUCUCCAAAGGAUACCGAAGAAUUCACCAUGUACAUCCAAAAUAUUUACAGGGCGAUCAUGCCAGCCAUCGAAUUCCACGAUAGCAUCAUGAAGAGCAUUAGCUCCGCGGUUGAAAGAAUCCCUAUCCUCCCCAAGAUUAUCGAACAAUUGGAGGAGCAGCUGUCUGUUUUCGUUUUCUCCAUCAUCGCGCCCUUUAUUGUGCCCCUGAUUCAUCAGAUCAAGACCGAACUGCAGACGGGAUCCAACGAAAUCAUCGAGAGCAGUCAGAAAGAGCAGCAUGUCGUUUUCAACGAUGACUACUCUUCUAACCCUACCCAUUCAAUGCUCUCCAAGGAUCAUUUCUCCAACAUUCUCAACGAGAUUGCUGGCCGAAGUGCCGCCAGAAUGCUCCACUGGGUUGUGCCACAGCUUAUGGAGGCCAUUGAUAGCGAGUCUGUCGAUGUCAACCGCAUGUUGAAUCGCAUUGUCAAAGGCGUCAUGCACCACCCUGCUCAGCGUGAAAUGGGUGAAGAUGGUGUCCCCGAGGCGCGACAGCUUAUCUUUGCGACCGUAGAAGAGUGGUGGCGCGACUUGCGCGAGGAACAGGAAGACUACCGCCGCAAGCUCUCCCCCCAAGGUGUCUUUAAUGGCGAGAACCACAAGGAGGGCGUCAACGAUACUGGUCACGGUUGUGGUAAAUUGAAGAUGCGCAAGGAAUUCCAGCCCCAGGGUGGCAUUGAGGAUGAGAUUGCCGGCGCUGCUGCAACAGCCAUCUUCUCAGGCGCUACUGGCGCCCUGUCCGGCUUUGUAUCUGAGAACACCGGUGUCGACUUUGGUUCCUCCCAGCAUCAAGGAUCGGGCGGAGACGAUGGUAUCGGUGGUCUCAUCAGCGGCUUGGCUGGUAAUCUCCUAGGUGGUGCCUUUGAACAGGGGUCGACCAACAGAGAAACCAGUCGUGAAUACGGAGAGGACGGCUCCUACACGCAGCGUCAGACGGAGUAUGGCCAGCAGGGAGAUCGAUACGGCCAGGCCCAGUACACUCAGACCUAUCGCCCCGACGGUGGACGCGAAACUGAGUACCAACGCUACGAGCAGCAGGAUUCUUCUUACGGAAACCGAGGCUACGGAAACUCUGGCUAUGAGGAGAGGAGAGAGACUCAUGAGAGCUCUUAUGAGACUCAUGAACGCCGCACCGAACGCUACGAAUACACUCAGUCUACAGAGGAAAGCUACGGCUAUAGUGAGCGUAGAAGCGAGAGCAGGGGUUCUAACAGAUCUCGCGAUCGCCACCACCAUAGCCAUCACAGGAGCCGCGAUGAAUCCGAUUCCUACGAGAGGCGUGAGGAUAAUUAUGAAUCCGGUUAUGGUCGCCAGCAAGAUAACUACGAGCGUCAGGAAGAGCGCUAUGGUGACGACUACCGCGAGAGCAGACAUCAUCGCCGCAACGAUGACGAUGAAGAGAAUGAUGAUGAGUUCAAAGCCCGCGAUCACGGCGGCAGCAGCGGCGGCUACAGAUUCUAG